CGAUUGUGAAUCUCAGCUUUUUAAUGUAUUAGCUUGAUAAGGUGCUAGAAAAUAGCGCUUGUCUAUGUGGGGCAGAUAGCUGUAAAGAAUGUUGCGAGACGAAACCGGAUGUUUAUUUUUACUCUUUAGCGAAUCUGUUCAUAUAUUUGUUUUAUACGCUGUUUGAUUUUGGAUAUUUGUAUAGCUGCACAAUAACCGUAUAGUGAAUAAUAAACUGAAAGUCGCGAGUAUUUGUGUGUGUUUCGCGUAUCUGAUGCGGGCCGCGGAGCACAAAGACUGAACGAGCGUCUGUAGACCGAAAACAACUAAGUCUGCACACUGUACACCGUGUUAAAGAAAACAAAACAUAGGCUUAUGCAUGUGAAUUGUUUCGCAGAAAAUUCCCUUUGCUUAAAGCCAACGUAUUUAUUUUGAUAUUGUGAAUUGCGUCCCCCUCAAAAUUAUUAUUUUUGAAUUGUUUAACUUAAGUUGGGACACACAGAUAGCCCAAAUGUAACUGUUCUAUUUCUUAGUAAGAAAUUAAGUAGAGAUUAAGGAAAAUGAAAUAAAGAAAACUUGUUCAGCAUACAGGCUUGUUGGUAUAUUUGUUUAAUAGCCUGUAACUUGAGCUUAAUUUAUAUGGUUGUUUUUGAGGUUAUUCUGCAUGUGUGCUUUUGUGGUUGAGGUAUUGCAGUGCAUGUUGCAUUUGCUUUGUAAGAUCAAUUCCCUUUAAUGUUGCUUUAAUCCUUUAUUUUAUAACUUCAUAAUAUUUCUUGUAUGUUUGAAGUAAAUACAGGAAAUGUGUGUUUGAGAAAUAUAGAAAGAGAGUGUUGUUCGAACACAAACAAGGUGUCAUGUGAUCACAGAGUUCUGGGUGAGAAGGAACGGGCUGCUAUUUGGGCCAUUACUGUACUGCCCCAUUUUUGCCGUUGGACUCUCUCUUGGCUUUUUGCACAUUGUGCUCACAUACACACACAAAUGACACUCUGUUCAGCCAAUAAGGUUAUCUCCAGAAAGUAAGUGGUUAACAGGAAGUACAGUAAAGUCUCCACCCACUUUGCCAGCAUCAUCCCCAUCUGGAUCAUCAUGGCUGUCUGAUCCCCCCUCCCAUACCUCAGCUUUUAAUACCCAGCAUCACUCUCCUUGUUUUUUCUAUUUUCACUACUUGAAUCAUUUUAAAUUCAUGGUGCUUGGCGUCAAAACAGCUGAGCCAUGUUUUUUAGAGGAGCUGUUACGAGUUCGCCAAUUAAGACCAAGAGCUUGGAGGCUGAACAUGUUUGUCACAGUCUUGACCUCUCUCACUUCUCCGACUCCUCCUAUGAGUGUUUCUCCACCAAUCCGCUGACAGGCUCAGUGUGCGCUUGUCGCCGGAGUCCCCGCCUGCUGGCCAAUGGUUACUAUGUACUGACGGAAGACAGUUUCACCACAGAUGACGAGGGCAACGUCACCCUGACACCCUCACACACCAGCGUCUCAUACAAAGAGAAUCUUGUCCGAAUAUUCAGACGAAGGCGCAGAGCAAGAAGGUCAUUGGCCAGCCUUCUGAGUGAUGUGAGCCAAUCAUGCCAGUCCUGGCUGGAAGCAAGCGUUUUUAGAAGAUCUGAUCCCGUCACACCCCUCCAGUCAUCUUCAUUGAUAGAGUUAGACAACACCUAUGAAAAAGACGAACCCAUCAGCUUCACAUGCGAUCCCAGUGAUCAUGCUCCCUCAGAUAAAGUGGCUCCCCAGACUCUCCUUGAAGAGGAGGAGCCUCAGACCGAGACAUGCUCCGCCCUUGAGCAAUGUAGCCAAUCAGUGAGCGGCCUUCUGGAUGUGCCUCCCCCAUCCAUAUGUCACAACAAUAGUUACAGUUCAUCCAGAAAGACAUCAUCGGACACUGUGAUGCUUAAAGUCCUCCUUUUCAUUCUUAUUGUGUGCCUCUGCAUUGCCAUCUCAUCCAGGUGGCUGCUAGGAAGUGUUUCUGCAGCGGUGGCCUUCUUUGCCCUGCUUUCGUCCUUAUGUAUUUCCAAUCCUGGAACAGCAGUCCACUGGAGGAGAGCAAAGACUGAGGACAUCACCUCCAGGAACGAGUGAGAAGGACCCAUGUACAUACCUAUGUGGAGUCAUCUCAGGCCGUGAGAUUGUUUAAAUGCACAUCCUAAAUCACCGUCACAUAUUAGUUAUAGAUCAGUUUUACUUUGUGGUGUUUCCACUGAUCAGCUGCAGAAAUGUUAAUAUUAAUAGAUAAGACAUUAGAAAGAUCAAACAGGACCAGUAAAGGUCAAAUUGACAUGCUAGGUAUGCAUGCAUUUUAUUCAAAUGUGUUUAAAAUGUAUGACUGUGGGAUGAUCAGGCAGCUAAAAAGUUUGAUUAAUCUUGUCAAAUGAAAGACUUGACAGCAUUAUAAUAGGUUCUCUGUAAGCCAGUGAAGAUGCCUUGCUUGGCAAGAUGUGAAGUGCGUUGUGUUUGUAGGUGCAUUAGUAAGACUUGGUUGGGGUCUUUAACAUGGUGAUGGGAGCGUCAUGUGUUUAUCAGAUGCACUCCGAAGUCAUAGAAAUCAUGUUCUAUGGUGUUGCAUAUUAAGCAGUUUUAAACUUGUUGAUACUAUAUUGUGAAUAGCAAAUUCGGGAUCUUAAAAAGUGCCAGAUUAGCUUUGCAUAAAUUUAUCAUAUUUGUCAGGUGCCUUUGAUAUACAAAAGUCCUGGGUCACACAUGCAAAUUCGUAUUGUGUGACUCAACAGGGUGCAAAAGUGCUAUUUGUAUAAGCACAAUAAUUAUACUAAUAAUAAAAGUCAUAGACUUACACUUGAAAAUAAACAUUAAACCCUGCUUGCAGGGGUGCUGCCAAAGCAGGGCCAUGUUUUAUAUGUAUUGUAUAUUAUGCAUUUAAUUCUGUUACAUUCAAACAAGGCAGCUUCCUUCACAAAUUCUUACAAGAGAAGUUGCCUGUAAAAUAUUUUACCAGCAAUAAAUAAGAAAAGCUUAGGAUAUUUUUACUGAGAAUACAGAACUAAGGACUGAGGACUGGUCUGCUGGACAGUUUCUGUGUUUUUAAGCCUUUUGGAAGAAAUUCUUACAAAAAAGUUUAUUGCAGAUGGUGAAGUUUUAUUCUUUGGAAUGGCAGCUCAGGUUUAAGAAAGACAUUCAUGAGGAAACAAAAGCAAAGCAAAAUGAAGUAUUACAUUUUAGAGGUUUAGGAUGCUAAACGUCUGACUGCAAACAUGUUGGAGACCCAGCCAAGAUAAAUAAAAACAGGGAAAUUUAUUGAAGUGCAUUAAGCUUGUAGCCAACAGAAAUAUAUGUUUAUAUUCAAUGUGUUGUGUUAAUGUAGGUUAUGUGUUUCAUAUACAUCAUAUUUGUGUUGUUUCCAUGAGCAAUGAAACAUUACAGAAUGGGACUUAUUAAUUAUUGCUGCAAAACUAGUUAAUAUAAAGUGUAUCUUAAUAAAAUUAAUUAAUUGUUAUUAUAUUUUUUUGUAACUGUAAGAUGAGGACAAUGCACAGUUAUUAGAAAACAAUAAUUGAACAAUCAAGGAGACAAAAAUGUUUGAAAAAACGUGAUUAAUGGAAAAAUAUUGUGUAUUGCUUUGUGAAAGUUUAUUAUUUUUUGUUAAUUGUAGCAUUAAAUAACUGAGCACAGAGUUGAAAUGAAAAGAUUGCCCUUUUAAAAAUUGGUUGUCAUUUUAUAUCAAAGCAUAAAAAGCUGGAAAUAAAUGAAAGACAAUGUAUACAUUGAACAAAAAGAAAUUCAAAGCAAAUUUGUCACUAUUUUAUUGAGCUCAGAAGACUGUAAUGACUCUGUAGCUCUAUACUUUCUCUAGGCAACACAAAACAACUGAACAGGUUCUUCAGUUACUGUGUAUUAUUCCACUGCAUGAAAGUGAAAUGUGAAAUUGAUCUGUAUACACUGUUAAAUUUAAUCUUAAAAUGAAAUGUAUUUAUAUAAUUUGCACAGGUACAUUUGAACAUGACGAACAAAAUCAGCCUCGUUAAUAAGAAUUGUUAAUAGGUUAAUAGGGCUUUAAACAUAUUUUAGACCCUAUGUGUUUUGGGAUUAUAUUUUUACAGUGUAUUUUUAAAAAUAUUGUUCAUUUAUCAAUAAAGGUUUUAUAUAUAA